AUGGCGUCCGUGGCACCAGCCGAUCCUCGGAGUGGCGCCGCUGCCGCGGGGGUCGGCAUCGCCACCACAACCACUCUCACCUCUCCUGCAAAGCUCAACUCAGUCGUCUUCGUGCCCAAGACCGGCAGCGCACUGGCACACGGCACUGCGACCAACUAUGGAUUCCACGACGCACCCACCACCACCACCAUCUCCAACGGCGGCGGCACCGGCGCCAUUACGAACGAGCAGUCGAAGAUGCUAGCCAGGGUGCUGACAAAGCUGCCAGACCUCGACCUGGGCGAGAUGUCGCGUGUGAAGAGCUGUUUCUCUGCCGUGCUAGGCGAGGGACGCGAGAACGUUGUCAACGGGCUCGAGCUACGCUUGGUACUCGGUGAGCUGGGCCUUUACCCAAGCGAGGCAGAGCUCAACCUCAUCCUGCGCGCCUACCGUGGUCGCGUCAACCUCGUCACGCUGACGCAGUACCUGCGGCUGUACAAGAAGGAGUUCUGGAUCAAUCGCACCGCUGCCGCUGCCGCAGCCGCUGCAGUAGCCGGCGGAGCCGACGCUAAGCAGAUGCCGUCACAGUCUAUCGCUCUGCACUCCUACAAGCCAUUCAGCGGCAGUCAGCCUAUGGCCGCAGCAAGAGCGGGGGCCUUCGGCGUUUGCGGUGACGGGGACGAGGACACGUUGAAGGCCUUCGUCGCCCUCGGCGGCGGCGAAGACGGCGGCGGCGAAAUCCCUGCAUCGACGCUGCGCGACGCCAUCCGCGGCUUUGGGCUCACAGUCGACAUAGACUCGAUGAUUCGCACCGUAGAUGUGCACCACUCAGGCAUGCUGGACUACGUCGACUUCUGCAUCCUGUGGUCGCAGCCGGCCAGCACAACCUCCGAGCCUGGCGACGCCGGCAGCGUGGGACUCUCCGCGGGGGAGGCACUGCUGCGUGAAUCAGCCGACGACACGGGGCCCAGCGCCGACCGCCGUCGCUCGUCGUUCACAAGCGUCAUGAGCGACACCCACCGGCGUUUGCUCUCCUUUCUGGUCAGCACGCCGCGACGCUCCAGUCUUGCAGCUGGCGCGCUGCGCCGUCGAUCGCAGAUGCUAACACAGCUGCACGAACAGUCCAGCUUGUCGCCCCGCGCGCACUGUGGCUCGCUGGGUGGAACCCGCUUUCCCCAGAGCACGAAAAGUCGUGGUACGACAGCCGCACAUGGCCGGUGGGCAAGCGGCGUCGGCAAUGGCCACGGCGCUGGUGAUGCAACGGCGUGCCACCCGGUUGCCGCACCACCACCGAUGCCCAUUACAGACGAGGAGCACAUGCUACUUGUGGAGAUGCACCUCUUCCCUGAGCAAUACGACACCACAGCGCGGCGAGUACUGCACUUCGCCGCCGCCCCCGGUGCGGCAAGAGCCGGCAGCGUGACUGGUGGUGAAGCAAUGCCGUACCCCGGUGCCUUCUACCAGAAGCACCUCUCACGGCUGGCCACGAGUGCCGCGCGCAGUCGCAGUUGCAGUCGCAGUCGCAGCCGCCGCCCGGCGCGCGGUCAUGGGGGCGGUGGUGGCGCGGCAGAUGGCGGUAACACUCUCGCCACGGACUUCUUUUCUCCGAAAAACAACAACGUGUACCUCCCGCCGAGCCCAAUGAUUCUGUCGAUGCGCAACAGCACCGCCCAUCGCAACCGACUGAAGCGACUCGAGGAGCAGAAGCGUGCAGGGCAGGGGAGGUCGCCUGCGGGGGCAGCGGCGACUCAGCAGCAACGAAAACAACACCUUCAGAGAUCGCUUGCCUCCGCCGCGCCGCGCUGCGGUGACGAUGGCGUGGGCGACCUCGAGAGCCAGACCCCGACGCCUCUGCCAAAGUCAUCUACGUGGUAG